AUGAGUGCCUUCACCGAAGCCAAUCGAAAAGCGUUCAACGACCUUUCCGCGGAGUACGACACGAAGCCAUGGCAGCACAAGAUCGCCAACCAGGUUGCCGAAGCUCUACAAUCCCGGAAAGAUUGGCUCGGAGCUCGUCUGAUAGAUCCUGCGAAGCCGAUUCCUUCACCCGAAACUCCUGAAGUCCGCCUAUUGGAUUAUGCUUGUGGUACUGGCUCCAUCACUCGUGCAUUAGGACCCUAUGUGCACACGAUCCGCGGCGUCGAUCUGAGUGACAACAUGGUCGUCGCGUACAACACCGCGGCGACAAAGUCCGGAUUGACGCCGCAGCAAGCUCGAGCCGUAGUCGGAGACUUCUGCGGAGAGGAGCAGCCAGCAGCCGGCUCGGAGUUGCAGGGCGCCGAGUUUCACGAUUUCGAUAUCGCAGUAAUCGGACUAGGUUUCCAUCACUUCGAAGAUACGACACGCGCACUGCGGCGUCUCAGAGAUCGAGUCAAGCCAGCAACGGGCGUGGUCGUGAUCGUAGACUUCCUGCCGUCCGAUACACCCCAGCACGGACAUCACCAUCAUGGCCAGGAGUUCCCGGAGAUGCAACAUACCAUCAAGCACGAUGGGUUUACCAAGGAGCAGCUGCAUGGCAUGUUCACCGCAGCUGGACUGGAGGAUUUUGAUUUUGCGGCUUUAGAGGAACCGUCUGUGAUGGAGCUUGCGAGCGGUACAGUGACCAAGACGUUAUUCGUGGCCAAAGGGCGACGCGCAGCAGAUUCAAAUUAG